AUGAAGGCCUCCGUUUCUGCCGUCGCCAUCAGCGCCCUCGCGGCCACCGCUGCCGCCGAGAACUACCUUGGCUUCAACUCUGGUGCCACCAAGGCCGACCGCUCUGCCAAGUUCAAGGCCGACUUCGAGGCCGAGUUCAAGACCGCCCAGAACCUCGAGGGUGCCCCCGGCGACUUCAACGCCGUCCGUCUCUACACCAACAUCCAGGCCUACUCCACCGAGGACCCCAUCGAGGCCUUCGAGGCUGCCAUCAACACCAACACCAAGAUCCUCCUCGGUGUCUGGACCUCCGGCACCGACAACAUCGACAAGGAGAUCAACGCCCUCAAGACCGCCGUCACCAAGUACGGCACCAAGCUGACCGACCUCAUCAUCGGUGCCUCCAUCGGCUCUGAGGACCUGUACCGCAACUCCGUCACCGGUGUCAAGAACAAGUCUGGUGUCGGUGCCGACCCCAAGACCAUUGUCGGCUUCAUCAACGACUUCAAGACCGCCUUCAAGGACACUCCUCUGUCCAAGGUCUCCAUCGGCCACGUCGACACCUGGGACGUCUGGGGAAACGCCACCAACAAGCCAGUCCUCGACGCCAUUGACUGGGUCGGUGUCGAUGAGUACCCCUACUACGAGAACGACAAGGGCAACAGCAUCGAGAACGCUGGCAAGCUCUUCGACAAGGCCUACAAGGCCACCAUCGCCACUGCCGCUGGCAAGCCCGUCUGGGUUACUGAGACCGGCUGGCCCGUCACUGGUGAGACCUGGGACGAGGCUGUUCCCUCUGCUCAGAACGCCAAGACCUACUGGGACGAGAUCGGCUGCCGCCAGCUCUUCGGCAAGACCCCUACCUUCUGGUACAACCUCCGUGACUCCAACCCCGACAACACCAUGAAGUUCGCCAUCACCAAGGACCUGUCCACCAAGCCCCUCUUCAACCUCACCUGCCCUACCACCUUCGACACCCCCACCGAGACCACCACCGGCACUGCCUCCUCCACCGCUACCCUUAAGCCCGGCAACGGCACUUCUGGCUCUGGCUCUGGCUCUGGCUCUUCUGGAUCCGGCGGUAACACCACCGUCUCCACUGCCUCCCCCAGCGGCACCGCCAGCUCUGGCUCUGGCUCCGGCUCUGGCAGCGGCUCCGGCUCCGGCUCUUCCACCACCACUGGCGCUGGCAGCUCCGCUUCCGCCGUUGGCUCCGGUGCUACCACUGUCAAGGUCCUCUCCACCGGUGCCCUGGCCGUCAUCGCCGGCGCCAUUGCCUUCCUCUACUAA